UUAUAGACGACUCCACUGAGCAACUAAUUUGGGUUUCGUCGAUUCGUACAUAAAAUUAGAUUUCUUUUAACAACAAAUGUUUACUAAAAUGGAUUUUACUUUACAUUCAUAGAACAAUAAAAUAAAACAGCUUUACAUGCAGCUAAAGUGAAUGUAUUUCUAGUCAGAAAUGUUAAGUUUAAGUUAUUUAUAUAAUUUUGAAUAUUUGUAUAGUUUUUACAUAAAAUUCUUAGCAGAUACAGUAUUGUAUCUUCAGAAUUUUGCGUUGUAUAUUAGUUUAUGGGUUCUGGGUUAUUUGUUGGUGUGUUGUGUGGUGUAUCGCAAGUACGCACGUCGCCUUCCAACGCGAACAAGAGGAGCACUUAGAGCGAAAAGAGUGUUGAUCGUGGUAGCUCACCCAGACGACGAAUGUAUGUUUUUCGGACCAACAAUAUUCCGACUUUGUGAGCAGGGGGCUGAUGUUUAUUUACUUUGUUUGUCUAGUGGCAACUUCGAAGGGAAAGGUAAAAUUCGUAAGCAAGAGUUAUGGAGAGCUUGCCAAGAACUUGGGGUACCAGAACAAAACGUCUGCCUGAUCACAGACACAAGACUGCAAGAUGAUCCUAAACUACAUUGGCCAGUCUCUGUCAUUGCUAAGUUAAUACAACAUGACUUAGAAGCUUUAGAGAUAGAUACUUUAGUUAUUUUUGAUAGAGGUGGUGUGUCUUCCCAUGCAAACCACUCGGCUAUUUUCUAUGCUGUUGCAUACAUGUUUGUUGAAAAACUCAUGCCCAAAAGGUGUUCAGUCUACACACUAGACUCAGUAAAUAUACUAAGAAAAUAUAUAAGCUUCUUGGAUAUACCACUUAGUUUUGUGUUGUCUUCCAAAAGAUACUUCCUUCGGUGGACCGAAAGCAGACGCGUUGUUCGCGCGAUGAAACACCAUCAUUCGCAAAUGGUGUGGUUUCGUUACCUCUAUGUUAUUUUUUCUAGAUACAUGGUUAUUAACACUCUCAGACGAAUAAGUUUAGCUGACAUAGAACUAGAACUAGAAGUGGAUGACUGAGAUUAUGUAUUUUUUUCCUGAACUGCAUAGUUGGCGAUAUUGAAUGCUAUAUAUGCGUGGUAAAAAGUCAAUGAUUAUACGUUUUUGGUUAUUGAUCUCAACAAAGGAUAGAGAUUUUAGCUUUGGCAGCGUAUUACAAAUAUGAUUGUGAACAGAUUUCUAUUAUUUAUAGCUAUAUGUUAUAUAUAAAAUUCUCGUGUCACAACGUUAGUUACCAUACUCCUCCGAAACGGCUUUGAUCGAUUUUUAUGAAAUUUUAUAUGCAUAUGCAUAUGAUCUGAGAAUCGGCUACUAUCUAUUAUAUUUGUUAUAUCCCUAACAUAAGGGUGACAUCCCUAACGUAAGGGUGGACCACCCUUAUCAGGGUUGUCCACCCCUAACAUUUUUUGUUAUUCUUUGGACAUUUUUUUAUUAUUUUAUAAUAUGGCAUUAAAAAAUACAUACAACCCCUUAAUUUUCACUUUCUACCACCAGCCCCUAUUUUUAUGGCGGUGCGAAGUUCGCUGGGUCAGCUAGUUUUUAUAUAAAAGUACAGAAAAAAAUUGUUACUGCACAAAAUACUCAUAGGUUGUAUAAUUUGACAUUGAUAUCGCAUUUUAUCAUAAUUUUAUGAGCAGUGCCUAAAGUACAGGUGUGUAUUUUUUUACUGUAUUGCACAUGUUGUCGAUUACGAUGCACCAUUAAUGGCGGAUAUGGAGUUAGCGCCAUAGAGGUAUAAGAAUAGAGUAGGGGAGAUAAAGACUCUACUACAACUGGAAGUGUCCCUCUAAGAGAAAGAGAAAGGAGAUGAGAGACCGCUAGCUUUCCCUCUCUAUUUCGAUCUGAUGCCAUUGGAUGCCAUGCAUCACAAGAGAGAGAGAAAGGUAGCGGUCUCUAAUCUCCUUUCUCUUUCUACUCGACGAACACUUUUAGAGCCGCCUUCCCCACUCUAUUCUUAUACCUCUAUGCUUAGCGCAAGUCGAUGCACUGUGAACCAAAUUUAAAUGCACGUAGACAUUACAGUGUGACAUCAUGUGGCAGACAUUGAUAGGAGGGCGCUGCUAGUGAAUAAGAGGUGAAAUGAGGAUUGCUUAGUACUUACGUAAAAUCUUCUCACUAAAGGAAAUAUUAUAAAUUAUAAUAACUCGG